GCUAUAAAAGGGCGGCCGUCCCGGAGCUGCCGCAGUGCCGCCCGCCCGCCCGCCCCGUCCCGGCCCCGGCGCCCGCCCGCCCGCCCGCUCCCGCAGCCCGACCUGCUCCCGCCGCCAUGAGCUUCGGCGGCGCCGACGCGCUGCUGGGCGCCCCGUUCGCGCCGCUGCCCGGAGGCGGCGGCCUGCACUUCGCGCUGGGCCGGAAGGGCGCGCGCUCGGCCGCCGGCUCGUCCAGCGGCUUCCACUCGUGGGCGCGUUCGGCGUCCGUGAGCUCCGCCGCGUCCGCCUCGCUGGACACGCUGAGCAACGGGCCGGAGGGCGGCGCGAUGGCGGCGGCGUCCGGGCGCAGCAGCAGCGAGAAGGAGCAGCUGCAGGUGCUCAACGACCGCUUCGCGGGCUACAUCGACAAGGUGCGGCAGCUGGAGGCGCACCACCGCAGCCUGGAGGGCGAGGCGGCGGCGCUGCGGCAGCAGCAGGCGGGCCGCGCGGCCAUGGGCGAGCUGUACGAGCGCGAGGUGCGCGAGAUGCGCGGCGCCGUGCUGCGCCUGGGCGCGGCGCGCGGGCAGCUGCGCCUGGAGCAGGAGCACCUGCUGGCCGACAUCGCGCACGCGCGCCAGCGCCUGGACGACGAGGCCCGGCAGCGCGAGGAGGCCGAGGCGGCGGCGCGCGCGCUGCUCCGCUUCGCGCAGGAGGCCGCGGCGGCGCGCGCCGAGCUGCAGAAGAAGGCGCAGGCGCUGCAGGAGGAGUGCGGCCACCUGCGGCGCCGCCACCGCGAGGAGGUGGCCGAGCUGCUGGGCCAGCUCCAGGGCUGGGGCGCCGCGCAGGCCCAGGCGCAGGCCGACGCGCGCGACGCCCUCAAGUGCGACGUGACGUCCGCGCUGCGCGAGAUCCGCGCGCAGCUCGAGGGCCACGCGGUGCAGAGCACGCUGCAGUCCGAGGAGUGGUUCCGAGUGAGGCUAGACCGGCUGUCCGAGGCAGCCAAGGUGAACACGGAUGCCAUGCGCUCGGCUCAGGAGGAGAUCAGUGAGUACCGGCGCCAGCUGCAGGCCAGGACCACCGAGCUGGAGGCCCUCAAAGGCACCAAGGACUCGCUGGAGAGGCAGCGCUGUGAGCUGGAGGACCGGCACCAAGCCGACCUCGCCUCCUACCAGGACGCUAUCCAGCAGCUGGACGCUGAGCUGAGGAACACCAAGUGGGAGAUGGCAGCCCAGCUCCGCGAGUAUCAGGACUUGCUCAAUGUCAAGAUGGCUCUGGAUAUUGAGAUUGCGGCUUACAGGAAACUCCUGGAGGGUGAAGAGUGUCGGAUUGGCUUUGGCCCCUUCUCCCUCCCAGAGGGACUCCCUAAAGUCCCUUCCACGGCCACUCACAUAAAGGUCAAAAGCGAGGAGAAGAUCAGGGUGGUGGAAAAGUCAGAGAAGGAAACGGUGAUUGUGGAAGAACAAACAGAGGAGAUACAGGUGACCGAAGAAGUGACAGAGGAAGAGGAGAAAGAGGCCAAGGAGGAGGAGGGCGAGGAGGAACAGGGAGAAGAGGAGGAAGCAGAAGGGGGAGAAGAAGCCACAGAGUCUCCCCCAGCCGAAGAGGCUGCGUCCCCAGAGAAGGAGGAGGCCAAGUCACCGGCCAAGGCCGAGACCCCCAUGAAAGAAGAGGCAAAAUCGCCAGCUGAGGGCAAGUCCCCUGAGCAGGCCAAGUCCCCAGUGAAGGAAGAGGCUAAGUCCCCAGCAAAGGAGGAAGCCAAGUCCCCAGCUGAGGUCAAGUCCCCAGAGAAGGCCAAGUCCCCAGUGAAGGAAGAGGCAAAAUCGCCAUCUGAGGUCAAGUCCCCGGAAAAGGCGAGCUCUCCGACGAAGGAAGAAGCCAAGUCCCCCGAGAAGGCCAAGACUCUUGAUGUGAAGUCCCCAGGAGCCAAGACCCCGGUGCAGGAGGAAGUACGGUCCCCUGCAGACAUCAAAUCCCCUGUAAAGCCCAAAAGUCCUGGCAAGGAGGAGGCCAAAUCUCCCGCGAAGGAGGAGGCCAAGGCUCCCGAGAAAGAGGUCUCCAAGAAGGAAGAGGCCAAGUCCCCCACGAAGGAAGAAGAGAAACCCCAGGAGGUGAAAGUCAAAGAGCCCCCAAAGAAGGCGGAGAAAGAGAAAGCUCCAGCCGCACCGAAAACCGAGGAGAAGGACAGCAAGAAAGAUGAGGGGCCCAAGAAGGAGGCUCCCAAGCCCGAGGAGAAGCAGGAGAAGCCCAGAGAGCCCGCAGCUGAGGCCAAGAAGGAAGAGGCUGAGGAUAAGAAAAAAGCGGGGACUCCGGAGAAGGAGGCUCCUGCCAAGAAGGAAGAGGCGAAAGCCAAGGAGAAGACGGAGGCGGACAAGAAGGAACCAGAUGACGCCAAGGCCAAAGGACCCAGCAAAGCCGCAGAGAAGGGGCCAGAAAAGCCAAAGAAGGAAGAGGCAGCAGCGGCACCUGAGAAGAAGGAUGCCAAGGAGGAGAAGACCACAGAGGCCAAGAAGCCCGAGGAGAAACCCAAACCAGAGGCCCAAGCCAAGGAAGAGCCCAGCAAGGCCAAGACGGAAAAGGCCGAGAAGUCCUCCAGCACAGAUCAGAAGGACAGCAGGCCCCCGGAGAAGGCCGCCAAGGGGGAGAAGUAAAGUAGGGAGAGAGGAACAUCCAGAGCAUCCAAAGAAACUCAGGAGGGCCUGGGAGUUCAAGGGUCGGCAUAAUAAAUCUUCAUUUUCCCUCCCUUUUCUUUAUAUAAGAAACUCUGCUUAGAUGGCGGGGCUCUCCCUCACCAAAGAAGUUGUUAGCAAUAUUAUCAAGGAAGGGCACUCCCCUCCCGGGCCCCCGCACCCUAAACCCUCCCCAGGCGAUGGACCACUAUGCUAUGAUAGCUUCUGUAGCGGAAUGUGACCUAUGCCGAGUGAAUGCCACCCGUAAACACGUGACUGUAAAAACUUCCCCCCUCCUUUCCAAAUAAGUGCAUUUAUUCCCCGUAUGUGCAAUGGACAGGUGGCCGCAAUAAUGAAUGAGCAGUUAGAAACACAUUAUGCUUGAGAUGUCUUAACCUAUUCCCAAAUGCCUUCUGUUUUCCAAAGGAGCGGCCAGGCCCGCGCCCGGGGCUCGCUCUCCUGGAAGAGCUGGGGUGGGUGGGGCCGGGCACUGAGCCAUGCCAGGGCGCACUUUGCCACCGGAGACCACGUUCAAUUGCUUCCGUGCAAUAAAAACAAGUGCUUAUGAAAUGAAAA